UAGCCUAUCUAGAUCUUCUCAUUCCAUAAAUGACAACAUUACCUAAGAUUCUCUGUCUCCAUGGGUUUGUACAGUCCGGGCCGGUGCUUGCGGCCAAGACACAGGGCUUGCGCGCGGCGUUUCUCGCGGCGGGCUACGAGCUCUUUUACCUCACGGCGCCAGUGCCGAUGGAUAGUGGCAUUACCGAGCUGGCGGAUCACCGUGGGUGGUGGCUUGAUGACGGGAUCUACGACAUAGAUGCGGGAAUUUCUGCUGUCAAACAGUGUGUGCUCUCUGAGGGUCCGUUUGUGGGUGUGCUUGGGUUCUCCCAGGGCGCGGCCCUUGCCUCAGCACUUGUCGCGCACCCCGAGAUUGUGGGCCACGCGUUCUUCCACUUUGGGAUCUUUUUCAGCGGCUACAGGCUAGACCCUGUAGACUACCAGUGGAUAUACAAAGAGAAGGUGACCGUUCCCACGCUUCACGUUUGGGGGGACUUGGACACUGUUAUGGAGGAGAGCCAGAGCCAGCGCUUGUUGGAUUCAUGUGAGGAGGGUCUGAGAACGUUAUUAACACAUCCAGGCGGCCACUUUGUGCCACAAGGCAAGCUUAUGGUAGACAAAAUAGUAAAAUGGACCGUGGAGGUCAGUGGAAAAGAGCGUGAAUAAGGAUCAUGCAAUGCUUUUGAUGAUGGGUUAGACUGUGUAUAUGUGUUUGGCAUUGGUUAGAUAUGUAGGAUAGUUUCGUUACAAAGUGUGUAAUGACACAAUAUGAAGGUAAGGUGUUUUCUUUUAUCGUGUUAUUCGUGAGAUCUUCGUUAGUUUCGAUUUUUUAAUUUCUUCGAAUUUAAACUGUAUUACAAUGGUUGCUUAAGUGGCUACUCGACGAGGGUUAUAAUCCACCUGGUUUACGUAAUACUAUACG